AUGUCUUCCGCUCUCGACUCCCUUAAGCAGUACACUGCCGUCGUCUCCGACUCGGGUGACUUCGAGUCCAUCGACGCUUACAAGCCCCAGGAUGCUACCACCAACCCUUCGCUCAUCCUUGCUGCCGUCAAGCAGGAGAAGUACGCCCGUCUGAUCGACGUUGCCGUCAAGUACGCCAAGGAGCAGACCUCGGACAAGGCCAAGCAGCUCGACCUUGCCACCGACCGCCUCCUGGUUGCUUUCGGUGUCGAGAUCCUCAAGAUCAUCCCCGGCCGUGUCUCGACCGAGGUCGACGCUCGUCUCUCGUUCAACAAGGAGGCCACCAUCGAGAAGGCCAAGCACCUCAUCGCCCUCUACGAGUCGCUCGGCGUCAAGCGCGAGCGCGUCCUCAUCAAGAUCGCCUCGACCUGGGAAGGUAUCCAGGCCGCCCGCGAGCUCGAGUCGCAGCACAACAUCCACUGCAACUUGACGCUCCUCUUCGGUUUCAACCAGGCCGUCGCCUGUGCCGAGGCCAACGUCACCCUCAUCUCGCCCUUCGUCGGCCGUAUCCUCGACUACUACAAGAAGGCCGAGGGCAAGGAGUACGCCUCGCACGAGGACCCCGGUGUUCUUUCCGUUCAGCGCAUCUACACCUACUACCGCCAGCAUGGCUACAAGACCAUCGUCAUGGGCGCCUCGUUCCGCAACAUCGGCGAGAUCCUCGAGCUCGCCGGUUGCGACUUCCUCACCAUCUCGCCCAAGCUGCUCGAGGAGCUCAAGAACAAGGAGGGCCCCGUCGAGCAGAAGCUUUCCGUCGACAACGCAAAGAGCGCAGAGGCCAUCCCCAAGGUGUCGUACAUCAACGACCAGGCCGCCUUCCUGCUCGACCUCGCCAAGGACCCCAUGGCCAACACCAAGCUCGCCGAGGGUAUCGCUGGUUUCGCCAAGGACGGCGCUACUAUGGAGCAGAUGAUCGCCGAGAAGCUCUAA